UGUGGAACUGGUCGUAUUGGCUGCAACAUCUGAGGUAUCCGACAUUUUUGGUCGAAAAUCGUUUAGAGAGUGUUGAAACUGAUGUCAGUGAGAUGAAGGAAAUUGAAUGAGUUGAGUAAAAACUGACCUGAUCAUUAGAGAAGAUGAUUCUGGACUUGGACCGCUUAGUCUUCACGGCUGGCAUCUCAAAUGACCAAUCUGCGAGCGAAAUAAAUGGUAUAAUAAGUAAUAAUAAGAGACCCAAGAGUCCUUGGCGGAUAGUUGAUGACUGUGGUGGUGCCUUCGCCAUGGGAGCUAUUGGUGGCUCAGUAUUCCAUACGAUAAAAGGUUACAGAAAUGCUCCCAGUGGUCAAUAUAGGCGGUUAUUAGGUAGUUUAAUAGCUGUAAAAGAAAGGGCUCCAAUCACAGGAGGUAACUUUGCUGUUUGGGGAGGAUUAUUCUCGGCCAUUGACUGUUCUUUAGUGUAUAUUAGGAAAAAAGAAGAUCCAUGGAAUUCUAUAACAAGUGGUGCCCUGACCGGGGCGAUAUUAUCUGUCAGAAAUGGAGCUGGAGCAAUGGUUGGUUCAGCCAUAAUUGGAGGUGUAUUGUUAGCACUUAUUGAAGGAAUUGGUAUCAUGUUCACAAGGUUUUCGGCAGAGCAGUUCAAACCGAUGGACCCAACACAGCAGCCACCACCUGAUGAUCAGUUACCUCCAAAGCCAUUAUUUGGAAGCAAUGUAGGCUAUCAAUGAUGAGACACUUUAGCUAAUCAAUUUUUAACGAAUCAUGAAAAACACAUGGGGUGUAUUCAUUUUGGAGACUUCUCUGAUUCCAUUAACAUAAGUAAAAGUAAAAGUUUUAGAUUGAUAGUCUGAUAUCAACUAUGUUAUAGGUUAUCAUCUGACUUCACAGUUACACUUGUCUGUCCUGAAACCUUUCAGCCGUGGCUUCGUCAGUGGCUUCCUUGAAAUUGUCAAGCCUGGGGGAUCUCCAUAGAAAUUCUGAUUAUUUCUUCCCUUGAAUUAGUGUUGAUUGGAUCAGAAAAGUAGGAAGUCAUGUUAAGUUCAUCAUGUUUUUGAGCUUUAGAAUUCCCUACAUGUGACUAAUAUAAAAUGUGACUAACUUUUAGGCAUGUGAACAUUUUGUUAUAAAGUACAUGUAUUUAUUAGAAUUUGCUACUCACUUCAGUUGAGAUGUUUAGCAAUCUUGGCUUAGCAUUGACAUUUUGAGUCAGGGUUGAGAAAGUUGACACAUUAUUCUAGAUAAGUCAAUGAUUAAAGAUAAUGAGCUUAGGCUGUGAUGUAAAUUUCUGCAGGAUUUGAGUGCAUUUUGCUACGUUUUAAUAUGAGGAGGGAUCGGGGUGAAGCUAAAAUGUAGGCCAAAACUGAGGCACUUUGCUGAAGUUUUGCGGUAGUCUUGAAUUGUUAGGGGCCUUCUUGUAUUUUUCAGAUGACCUGAUAAUGGUUUAAAAGGCAAGUCUGCUGUAUUGCAACAAGCUUCCCUGCUGUUUGGAAUCGGUCGGAAUUUCAUUUCAUUUCAAACAUUGGGUGGGGAUUUGAAAGGUUGUAAGAAAUUAUUGGAAAUAUCUAAGUACAGAUGGCCUUGCAUCUGCUACUAAAUGUGUGUUGAUUCAUAGCCAUCAGAGCCUCAAAGACAGAAUGCUAAGCAGGUGUGUGUCAGGACUCGCAUGUUUUCAUUCUCGAGAGCAUGACCAGACCUAUCUACCAGAUCACUAGGCUCUGUGGUUUGAAAACUGUUCAAGCUGAGUUAUCUGUUAUCAUAAUUGUAUCUUUACCUGGAUGUAGUAUUCUUGGUCCUUUUUGAAAGAAGAUCGUAAAAAGUUUUUUUGAUGAUGUAACAAGAACUUUGUGUAAGAUAUGAUGUGGUGGUCUGAUUUUGGAUGAUUGCCACUCCUCCUAUGAUGGAAAUACAUGUGUGACCAAGAUUACCAAUUCUGAUAAAACUUUGCCUUGUCUGUCCAUGUUUACUGGUGAAAAUUUACUUUUGAGCAAAGCCAGUAGAAAUCCAGUGCCCCCCCCAAUUGAAUAAAUUGUCUUGGAUUGUACAUUGUAUAGUAAGAAUAUUAGCUUAUGUAAAAUAAAGGUUUUGUCAUUUUA